GUCGAUGCCCUCGCUCCGCAGCCUGCGCUCCGUCACCGGUGGCUCCACCCGCCAUUGUAGCCCAACCAUCCGCUAUGGAGCAUGCCUUUACCCCGUUGGAACCCCUGCUUCCCACUGGAAAUUUGAAAUACUGCCUUGUGAUAUUGAAUCAGCCUUUGGACAAAAGUUUUCGUCAUCUUUGGAGCAAAGCUCUUUUAAGAGCCUGUGCUGAUGGAGGUGCCAACCGCUUAUAUGAUAUCACUGACGGAGAGAGGGAACGCUUUUUGCCUGAAUUCAUCAGUGGAGACUUUGAUUCUAUUAGGCCUGAAGUUAGAGAAUACUAUACUGUUAAGGGAUGUGAGCUCAUUUUAACUCCUGACCAGGACCAUACUGACUUCACCAAGUGCCUUGAAGUGCUGCAGAAGAAGAUAGAAGAAAAAGACCUCCAGGUCAAUGUGAUUGUGACAAUGGGAGGACUUGCUGGGCGUUUUGACCAGAUCAUGGCGUCUGUGAGCACCUUGUUCCAAGCAACUCGCAUCACUCCUUUGCCAAUUAUAAUCAUCCAAGAGGAAUCUCUCAUCUACCUGCUCCAACCUGGAAAGCACAAAUUGCACGUAGACACUGGAAUGGAAGGUGAUUGGUGUGGCCUUAUUCCUGUUGGACAGCCUUGCAAUCAGGUUACAACGACAGGCCUAAAGUGGAACCUCACAAAUCACGCGCUCAGCUUUGGAACCCUGGUCAGCACCUCCAAUACCUACGAUGGAUCUGGUGUUGUGACCGUGGAAACGGACCACCCGCUCCUCUGGACCAUGGCCAUCAAAAACUGACCCAGGGACUGGCCUUCGUAGCUCUGCCUCCAACUUACCUCAUCUGCCAGCAACUCAUUGCGCAACAAGCACAGGUCCCCUUGGUCUGCAGGAGUCUAAGCCCACUCGUCUUAAAGAUGUCAGUGUUUAGGUAAUUCAGGUAACAUGACAGAUCUCAGUUUUACAGUGAGGGGAGACAUCAUUAUGUUAAGAAAAUAAAUAAGCUCUAUUACAUUCGGUUGAAAAACUAAUGUGGAUCAUUCCACCAUACAGUUCAGUUCUGAUUGUCCUUAUGUUAUUAAUCAUUCCAUUUAUCCUAGAAAAUGACUUUAAUUCAAAGCUGAGAAGGCUCAGUGGGGCUCCUUGGUAUCAGCACACAGGCCUCCUGCUGUACACCCUCCAGUGCUUGACACCCAGGGCUGCUUCUGAGCCUGUUAGCAUUAGAUUCCUGUGUAGCAGAUUGAUAUGUUAGGACUGUACCCUUUUACUUCAGCCUUAUUACUGUCUCUUAAAAAUGAGAACCAUUGACCUAAUUAUUAAAUUUGAAAGCAGGCGGUUAUGGAAGCUCUAGGUGAAAGGAGGAAUGGCAUGGAUUCAUACAGCCCUGGGAGACUCCCCAGAGCUGCCUCAUUGCCUUGCAGCCAGGACUGAGACCACUGUGCACAGCAAGCCCUGAAGUGGAAUCACCCCUGACAUACCUCAGACUGAGAAACACUGGCUCGCAGACAACACGCUUACUCCAAUGACCAGAAAAAAAGCCUGGCAGCUUGUGGGAUAAGUGAGCUCCGUGCACUGAGGAGCCUGGGUCUGAAAGCCUGCGUUCCUGUGCCCCAUUCACCUGACUCCCCGGAGCCCCCUCCUCACCUGGAAAUGGAGGGACUGGAUGGAGGGUCCUGAGCCCCUUCCCACACUCAGGGCCUAAACACUGAUUGGCGGUUACUGGGCAGAUCCUGCACAGGGUGAGAGCGUUAACCCCCGGCCUUGAAACGUAUUCACGUUGCUUUUAGGAUUAGACCCUGUUCUAGCCUCUUACCCUCUUCUGUCCCAUUCCCAAACGGUGUGUGGCCAUAUAAACCAGGAAGUAGAAGCACCUGCCAACAGGCCACCGCUGCGGGAAAGGGACCAGCAGCUCUUUCCUCCUGGUGCUACGAGAGGGCCUCUGCUGAACCAGCACGCAGGUAACCGAGAGAUCCUCUUAACCAUCUGUGCAAUGUGUGUGAGACUGAAAUCCAGAUGUCAAAUAAAAAUGUUUAAUUAA